AUGGGGCUGCCAUCUCCAUCCCGGAUGGUACCCAUCCCUAACGCCUAUGACAUCCAAGGAUUGUCCUACGGCCUUCAUUCCAUGCGGGUCGCCCUCCUGACUUACAGUGGCGGAGUUGAAAGUCAUUCUCGUAUCUUGUACCAUGUCAGCGUCAACCAGACAGUGACAUCUAGCACCAAGAUAACAUCAGCCGGACCAUCCACGUCUGCAUCCGCGAACACGUCUGCUGCCGCUCCCAGCUGUUCGGUCGCUCCUGUACAAAUUUAA